GUAUUCUCGCUACUCUGGUUCUAUAUCAAAGCCUAUGGGAAGCGAUUGCGAUCACUGCUAAUUCCGUAUGGAGUAGGCUGUUAUGCAAGUAUGAAAUAGUUUUCUUGUUUCUCGAUGUUACUCCUUGCCAUCAGCACCCUUUUUUUUUGGCCGAAGGUCCUGCGUGCGGUACUGAUUCGGGCAUUCGGGACUCGAAUUGUUGAUGCGAUUUUUAGUUUCUCGACUAUUAGUUCAGAAGGCAAUUCCUGCGUUUCAUAAUUGGCGUGUUUUCAUACCCCAGUGCUUCCCAUCAAACGGAAACGUAUACCCUCUGAAUCGUCAAGCAUAUCGAAGCUCAAUGACUUCGGCGAAAGCGAAGGAUUCGCCCUCCGCGAGAACUCCUUGGAGCGAUUCUCGGAGCUCGACACCUAGGUCUACUCCAGAUUACUCUGCGAAUCAAGAUGUUUUACAACGAUCAAAGGGAGAAGAUCAUAUUGUCACACACAGGCAUAGGUUAAGCCUACGUUUUUACCCAAAAGAUUGCCCGCCUUUAAAAGUAAGGUGGUUCUAUGCAGUUGAUUCGCCUAAGCGAAAGCCAACAUUAUCCAAUCAAAGAGGGAGAAGUGCGAAGCCUUUACCCUUGCCCAAGAAGUUUGUGCCAUUCUCGGUCAGAGAUUCUCAAUCCGUUGAAGUCGCAUUUCAGAAGCUCUCCGAAAUCGAAGCUGAACGCGAAGAUGUCAAAUAUACACACCCUACCGGUAGGGUGCAAGGCAGUUCAAUGAUGGUACCUGUCAACGAAGAUUACCUUUUUGAUGUGGACAUCGAGAAAAGAGAAUUGGGCCCAGCAUAUUGGGAAGGUCCAGUGUAUGAGGUUCGACGCGGGACGUGGUUUUUUCAAGAGGGUUCAACGCUUAAACCAUGCAACGAAACACUCGCCACCCAGCUUGAGGAAGGGUAUCUAAAAGUGAAGCCAUGGCGCUUCGACGAGUCACAUGAAUCCUCAAUCCGCCAAUCGACAUCCUCAGCAAAGCAUGAGCAUGGUAAAUCCAGCACGAAAAGAGAUUCCACUCCGGAUCCAAGUUCAUUGCGGUCCACAGAAACCGAUGUUCCUCGGGGUCGUGCUGAAAAGUCGGGGCAUACCACUGCUAUUUCUUCCAACGAAUCCCCGAGUUAUCGCUUGUUUGGUGCUUACAUGAAUAGCAUUGUUACAUACCAGGAUCCUGCAACUGCAUUGUUAACCAACGAUGAUUUUAUGUCCCGCGUGAGCACCACUGUCUAUCAAACACUGGGUGGUAUCCCAGGCACUAGGGUAGUACGCGGUUUCACCGAGGCCAAAAAGCAAAAGGAAAAUUCAGAGACACGAGACUUCCCUGAGCGAAAGCCGUUCGAAGACCCAUCUCUUAACAUAACCGGAAAAUCUUCCACGAAUUUCUUGCAUAAACAUGAAUCGGAGGCCUCUCAACCGGAUCAAAACGAGAACAACUUCGAACAGAGCCCAAGGUCCACUUUAGAACGACAGAUGUCAUCGCUUGCUGGCGAACCACAGAAUGCAGCCGAGCUAGAGGAACAAGCUCGUAAACAAGAAGAAAAGGAAAUGGAGGACUCGAGGGAGGCGGAAAAUGAAGAUAGGGAGCGUACCGUUGAUCAUCUCAUACUGGUGACACAUGGGAUUGGGCAGCGACUGGGGCUGCGUUUGGAGAGCAUCAACUUUAUACAUGAUGUCAAUGUCCUCCGGAAGACAAUGAAAAGUGUGUAUAAAGCCUCACCAGAUCUCCAAGCCUUGAAUUCUGCAUAUCCGGAUCAUGCUACAAACUGUCGAAUUCAAGUAUUACCUGUAUGUUGGAGGCAUCUACUGGAUUUCCCCUAUCGUGGUGUUAGGCAGAAUCGCAAGGAGCUUGAUCUCGCCGACGCCGACGCCCCUGAAGAUGACAUUUAUCCAAGUUUAAACGACAUCACGCUUGAGAGUGUGCCUGCAGUUCGAAAUCUCAUAUCCGAUUUGGCAAUGGACGUAUUGUUGUACCAAAGUGAAUAUUGUGAACACAUUGCUGUCAUAGUCCAGCAGGAAUGUAACCGGAUACUUGAGCUUUUCAAAAAGCGAAAUCCGUCUUUCAGGGGCUCAGUGAGUCUCUGUGGGCAUUCGCUUGGGAGCGCAAUCCUCUUUGAUAUUCUGUGUCACCAGCAGGACGAAUCCAAACCGUUUGAACGAAUAAAUGCAGGGACCCAAAGAGGAACUACGCCAUAUCCACGUCGGGAUUACCCCUUGGACUUUGAAUGCGAAGAAUUCUUUUGCUUAGGGUCGCCAAUCGCGUUAUUCCAAAUGUUGAAAGGCAGGACUAUCGCCGGAAGAAAUACAAUGAGCACCAUCAAAAGCCCCGGAAGACCAAUCAAUACUGAAGAUAAUCCUGGAACUUUCGGAUCGUCAGCUUCUCCCUCCAUGCACUCUAUAGGGGGCGGGUUUGGCGAAAGAUGCUCUAUAUCAUCCUUCCCGAAAUGUCGACAAUUAUACAACAUCUUCCAUCCGUCCGAUCCUGUGAGCUAUCGUAUUGAACCGCUUAUAUCACCAGCAAUGUCGUCACUCAAGCCACAGCCUUUGCCGUCUGUCAAGAAAAGUCUUUGGGCGGCAUCAGGACAGAGUCUUUCAAUUAUCGGUACCCGUGUGGGCCAAAGCGUCGGGUCUAUGUGGUCCAACUUUACAUCUGGCGUUGCGAGCAGCCUGCUCAAUCGCAGCCUAGGAUUGAAUUCCGAGGAAAUACCUUCAAAUGCGGGUGCUCAGUCUCCAUCUUCACCGGCAACUGACCCUUCCAGAGCUAACACAGACUCCGACUUUUCACACGAAUAUGCGAAUCGACCUCGAACAUUAAUAGAACCUGACUUGGAGACACUUUAUGAUGGCUUUCAGAAAGCGAGAAGCAGCCGCAGGGAGUCGUCUCAAACUUCAACGGAUGACGACGCUACUUGUUAUCUGGACUCUGAGGAACGUGCAAGAAAAUUGAAGGUCGAGGACGCUAAAGUGAGAGUAUUGAAUACCAAUGGUCGCGUUGAUUACAGUGUGCAAGAAGGAGCAUUCGAUAUUUCUUUGAUUGCCAGUAUUGCAAGUCAUCUUACAUAUUGGGCAGAUGAAGAUGUUAAUCAUUUUAUACUCUCACAGGUAUUGUCAAGGAAGAAGAUUUAUUGAAUUAUAUAAUUGAACUAGCCAUGUAUCUAUGCCAGUGUUCCGCCAAGUACUCGACAUUUUGGAAAUAUGGGACCAGGAGUGAAAUGAGAUUGUGUAUAUUUAACUCACAUCGUGACUAUAUAAUAAUAUAGGGUAGUGAGUGUUUACCAGUCGAAACGUCGGGUAUUUAUGGAAUUGCUUGGAUCUAUUCUCCUUCUAUCCUAG